AUGGUCCCUCCAGGCCAUAUCCUGCUCCUGCUUUUGCUCCCAGUGGCCGCAGCUCAGAUGACCCCAGGUGAGAGAUCACUCCCUCCCUUUUGCCCUGCACUUCAGGGUUCCUGUUCCGGAUGUGGGCCCCUUUCCUUGCCGCUCCUGGCAGGCCUUGUGGCCGCCGAUGCGGUUAUGUCACUGGUAAUUGUGGGGGUGGUGUUCAUGUAUGCUCGCCCACGCCGCAGGCCCACCCAAGAAGAUGGCAAAGUCUACAUCAACAUGCCUGGCAGGGGCUGA